ACGAACAUAGUAAUUCACAUUCAACCAAGAAAUGAUUCCACUUAAAAAUCGAAGAGUGAAAAAUCAAACAGAUCUCCGCCUGCUUGCUGCUUCCACUUAAAGGCCAAAAAUAGUCUGAUUUUGGCCAAUAUUCCGAUUCUGACCUAUUCAAUGGAAUAGCCCCAGACAGCUUUGCAGAUUUAUUACACAGCCCCGUGAUUCCUGCGGAAUUUCCCCGAAUUUCGCCAAAAGGCGAUCAAUAUAAUCACUUUUCCACGGGGAAGUAUUCCUCUCAGCUACAAAUGAUGUCACAUUCUGUGGGGAGAACAAUGAGACGCAGUACGAGAAAUCACUUUGAUCUAUUGUCGUCAUUGGCAACUGCCUGAAUCCAUUCGAAUUCAUUUAGUCACGCGUUAUUGUGCGAUGAAUAAAUAUUAUUCUAUAUAAUACAGCAAAUAUCAUGGCUUUCCAUGUCAGGCGAUUCGACGCAAUCAAGAUUAAAAUCUUAUUCAUUCAUGAAAAUGUGCAUAAAAUGCUUUAAUAAUCGCCUUCGACACAUUGAGGCUCACUUGUUUAUGACAACUUUUCCUGGGUGUCGAAAGUUCCAAGAAGAACUUAUUCCCAUUUACGAUUGGACUGGAUUCCAUUUAAACCUGGAGUUGACGUGCUCCCUUAGAGUGCCAUGAGUGGUCACGAUUCUCGUGUGUCUUAGCUGAUACAUACAUAGAAUAUAUUUUAACCAUUUGGGUCAGAGCUAUUAAGUUCUUGGCUCAUAUUGCGCAGUCACACUUUUCUUUCUGCUGUUUACACGGGAAUUCCUGAGCUAUUUUGAUACCCGAAUAUUGAUAAGAAGGCUUGUUGUCGAAUUUAGUCAGGGGAGUAAUACCAGAUGCCUGAUAGAGGAAGGCGAGUAAAGAGCGCUUUUUGUGGGCGCCCCAUUAGUUGUAGUCUAUAUAUUCGAGCGAUAAACAUAAUAAAAGCAUUUUUUCUUUCUUUAUAACUUUUGUUUUGAUUAUAAGGCUCGUUUCAUAUUCUAUAUACAUGCGUAUAAACGCAUUUGAGCCCACACUCUUCGAUUGCGCAAACCCACUGGCAUCUCCUUAUGGGCCAACAUGGGUGACGCACCACUGAAUCCGAUUCCAAAUCCGUUGGAUUCACAGCCAGAUUCAUCGACAAGUGACAAUUUCCGUCAGUCUUUAGGUAUUCCACAUGCGAAUCGCACGUCUGAAGAAAGCAGUAAACAGCGUGGAGAGUCCAUAAAAAAAAAAGCAAAAAGUGCUUACUCAACAUUUGAAGAAGUCGCACAUGUCUGCGGUCUCGAGGGCGCAGGCGUCCCAGAGAGAUACGUACUUACGUUCUCGAAAUUUGCAUAGCUUUUCCCCACUUGCGUGAAAAGUUUACCUUUGGCGGCUGGCCAUUUGGCCGGGGAAAUUCAGUCGUACGCGAACAGUCGAGCAGCGUGAACGUGGCUAAAAUCGAAACAAUUGGGAGUACCAUCUCCCUAACCCCCUACACACAAAAUAAAACUUUGCGUUUUAAUUGCUACACGCAUUUAAGGUGCAAGUAAUAAUCAAAUUGCAUUGAACCCAUUUAGGCAAGUGCGCGUCAUGAACAAUACAAAUACCGAUCGAGGCAGUUGCUCCAGAAUACCCAUCGCCAAGAACCAGGACAGCAUCGCCAGCAUGGUGGAGCGGUUCGUUCAGUCGCUGAGCCAGCUGAACGAUUCCGGCACCUUUGACAGCAGCUUCGAGAUCAAGAGGAUCCAUCCGGGAUCCUCGGCCGGAUCCACGCCCAAACAUGUCAGGCAUCGCUGCCUCACGGAGCUGGAUCGCGAACAGUUGACCCGGUUUGUGCAGGACUUCGAGGAGCGACAGGCCAGCACACCGAAGGCAAAGUCCAAGAUUAGCUCACCCUACAUAUGCCGCAAGGCCAAGGAGUUCUAUCAAAGCGCCAGUGGCAGACGCAGUGCCUCACCGCACAUAGCCAUGCCACCGGAGACCGUGCCAGAGGAGCAAGCGGUGGUGAAGCCAUUGCCCAGGAAAUGCGCCGAGGCGGAGGACCUGAUGCCACCACCCAUGGCCAUGGCACGCGUCCAGGCGGAACGCCGCAGUUGCCGCAGUGCCUCUCGCGUGCUGCAGUUCUUCAGUUCGGCCACCAAGAGGCGCAGUGGCAGCCGGAAGCUCAGUGAGCCUGAGCUGGAGGAUAACCGCGCCGAUUCCCCGGUGCUGCUCAGAGUGACCAGGGAUCGGGAGGAGGAGCAACUGGGCUGCAGUCCACUGCCACUGGCUGCAGCUGGCGGGGAAGUGCCCACCAGUUCCGAGGACGAGGAGGAGCACGACGACGGCAUCAGCUCGGCCAGCUCCAAUCUCACCUCCCAGUCGGGCAGCUCCAAUAGCCGCAAUCUCUCGCCGGACUCCUCCUUCGAGAUGCACGCGCCACUCCUGCCCAGCUUCAAGGUUACACCUCCACGGGCCGUUUGUCGCGUUGGAAAGAAUGCCGCCUGUGAGUUUGCGCGUUUCCUGCGCGGCUCCUUUCACUCCAAGCGCGCAUCGGUGACCACGCUGCGCCGAUCCCUCAGCGAUCCGGAUGCAGUGCAGCAGAUGGACUUCAGCAAGCCGCCUCCGCUGCGCGACACCACCAACGUCAUGCGAAACCGCGCUCUGCCCGCCAAUGCCUCGCCCUUCCGCCGAGCCUGGGGACAGUCUUCCUUCCGCACGCCCCGCUCUGACAAGGUGGCCAAAGAGCAGCAGCAGCAGCAGCUAGGACAGCCGUCGCCCGUCAGACGCACUGCCUCGAUGAACGCCUCCGACAACGACAUGUAUAUCAAGACGCUGAUGCUGGACUCGGAUCUGAAGUCGACGCGCAGCCAGCACCAGCUCAGUCUGUUGCAGGUGCCCAAGAUCCUGACCACACCUGCCCCGCCCUCCGCCAUUACCGCGUCCGUUGCUGCAGAGGAUGCGGCCCAGGAUCACGGCUGUCCCAGCAGUUGGGCCGGCUCUUUUGAGCGGAUGCUACAGGAUGCCGCUGGCAUGCAGACGUUCUCGGAGUUUCUCAAGAAGGAGUUCUCCGCGGAGAACAUCUACUUCUGGACCGCCUGCGAACGUUAUCGUCUGCUGGAAUCUGAGGCAGAUCGAGUGGCUCAGGCCCGAGAGAUCUUUGGCAAGCACUUGGCCAACAGCAGCAGUGAUCCCGUCAACGUGGACUCGCAGGCACGUAGCCUCACGGAGGAGAAGCUGGCCGGUGCCGCUCCAGACAUUUUUGCGCCAGCACAAAAGCAGAUUUUCAACCUGAUGAAGUUCGAUAGUUAUCAGCGUUUCAUUCGUUCGGACUUGUACAAAAGCUGCGUGGAGGCGGAACAGAAGAACCAGCCCCUGCCCUACAGCGGUUUGGAUCUGGACGAGCUGUUGAAGACAAAUUUUCACUUAGGUGCUUUCUCUAAGCUCAAAAAAUCGGCUAGCAAUGCGGAGGAUAGAAGGCGAAAAAGUUUGCUUCCCUGGCACCGGAAGACGCGGAGUAAGUCCCGCGAUCGCACGGAGAUAAUGGCUGACCUGCAGAACGCGCUGAUGCCGGCACCACCAGUACCACCAACCGCCCCGCUCACCAGUGCCGCCCUCAAGCUUGUCUGCGGACAGAAUUCCCUAAGUGAUCUGCACAGCUCUAGGUCAUCGUUGUCCUCGUUUGAUGCGGGCACAGCCACUGGUGGACAAGGAGCCAGUACGGAGAGCGUGUAUUCGUUGUGCCGAGUGAUCCUCACCGAUGGAGCCACCACCAUAGUGCAGACAAGACCUGGAGAGACAGUGGGAGAACUGGUCGAACGAUUGCUGGAAAAGAGAAACCUUGUGUAUCCCUACUAUGACAUAGUGUUCCAGGGCAGCACCAAGUCGAUCGAUGUGCAGCAAUCAUCGCAAAUUCUGGCCGGUAAGGAGGUGGUGAUCGAGCGCCGGGUGGCUUUCAAGCUGGACCUACCUGAUCCGAAGGUGAUCUCGGUGAAGAGCAAGCCCAAAAAGCAACUGCACGAGGUGAUUCGACCAAUACUCAGCAAAUACAACUACAAAAUGGAGCAGGUGCAGGUUAUCAUGAGGGAUACUCAAGCGCCAGUCGACCUCAAUCAGCCUGUGACCGCGGCCGAUGGCCAGCGACUGCGUAUCGUGAUGCUAAAUUCGGAUUUUCAGGUAGGCGGCGGCAGUAGCAUGCCGCCGAAGCAAAGCAAACCUAUGAAGCCACUGCCGCAGGGUCAGUUGGAUGAGCUAACGAACAAGAUGUUCAACGAGCUGCUGGCCAGCAAGGCUGACAAAGCAUCCAGCGAGAAGUCGCGGCCCGUAGAUCUGUGCUCCAUGAAGUCCAACGAGGCGCCUUCGACGUCGUCAUCGCUCUUUGAACCCUUGCGGCGUCAGCAGCGCGAUGGCGGCAACAUUCCGGCUAGCAAGCUGCCCAAGCUCAAGAAGAAGUCCACUAGCAGUAGUCAACAAUCCGAGGAGGCAGCAGCGACUCCAGCAGUCGCAGAUCCCAAGAAGCCAAUUAUAGCCAAGCUGAAAGCGGGUGUGAAGCUGCAGGUGACGGAGCGAGUAGCCGAGCACCAAGAUGAACUACUCGAGGGCCUGAAGCGCGCACAGCUGGCACGACUGGAGGAUCAGCGUGGCACCGAAAUCAACUUCGAUUUACCCGAUUUCCUGAAAAACAAGGAGAAUCUCAGCGCAGCUGUAUCAAAGCUGCGCAAGGUGCGCGCCGGCUUGAGUCCCGUGAGCAAGGUACCCGCCACGCCCACGGAAAUUCCACAGCCGGCGCCACGUCUCUCCAUCACACGGAGCCAACAGCCAGUGUCGCCCAUGAAGGUGGACCAGGAGCCAGAGACUGACUUGCCUGCCGCGACGCAGGAUCAAACGGAAUUCGCCAAAGCGCCGCCACCGCUGCCGCCCAAGCCAAAGGUGCUGCCCAUUAAGCCCUCCAAUUGGGGCGUGGCCCAGCCCACGGGCAACUAUUGCAACAAGUUCUCCCCCAGCAAACAGGUGCCAACAUCACCCAAAGAAGCCUCCAAACCUGGAACGUUUGCGAGCAAAAUACCACUGGAUCUGGGACGAAAGUCUCUGGAGGAGGCGGGCUCACGGUGUGCCUAUCUCGACGAGCCCAGCAGCAGCUUUGUGUGAUAUAAGUGCGCCCACGUACUUGAAAUGGCUUUACUGAUCUUGCUUGUAUAUAUAUGUGCACUAUUUAUUGAUACUGUAUUCCUAUUACCUAUUCUCUAAAUGUCCAAACAAUCCAUGACGAGCUUUUGUAUGUUAUCUACUGAGUGAUCGCCUGUAUUUAUAACUAGCAACAAUAAGCUUUAGCUUUACAACAUUUUGAAUAAAAAUAUGCAAUUAAUAA